AUUAGCUUGGCUUUUGAGUCUGUAAAGCUAAGCAGACAUGAUAUAAACAGUUAGAUUACGUAGAGUUUGUUGUUUUGUUUGUAUUAUCUCAUUAGAGGUUUGGUCUUAGUUUUCUUCUCCCUUCCCCUUAGAUAAAAGGUCCGGAACCAAACAAAAGCAUAAAACUUCACAGAGAGACAGGAGCACACUGUUAUGGAUUGUGAUCCAUCUCCUCCACCUGCCUUGUCUCAAUCUCACAGCUGGCCUCCUCGGAAUUCACCUCAGCUCCGGCCGGUCAAACCGUUUUUCCGGCGGUUGUUUUCGGUUCCGGCUCUCUAGCUACCUCCUAACCACACUUUCAGACCCAGCUUAGCUUAUAAAUCAAAGAAUUUUGAACCUCAAACCAAACAGUUGGUGGGAAAUUUCGAUAGGCUGAGCUAAUGGGGCAUUUGUCAUCCAUGUUCAAUGGCUUGGCGAGGUCGUUUACAUCCAAGAAAGGAAGAAACUCGGAGAAUAUUCAUGGCGGAAGAGAGGCUGCAGAUGCUAUGGCUAAGGAUGCAAAGAAGAAUGACUUAAUUCUACGCUCUUCAGGUACUGUAAAUGCUAAUGGUUCUAACAACUUUGCCUCAGUUUUCACUAAGAGAGGACAGAAAGGAGUGAACCAAGAUUGCUGCAUUGUGUGGGAGGAAUUUGGGUGCCAAGAAGACAUGAUGUUCUGUGGAAUCUUUGAUGGUCAUGGCCCUUGGGGCCAUUUUGUGGCCAAAACAGUCAGAGAAUCAAUGCCACCUUCUUUGUUGUGCAAUUGGCAAGAGGAACUCUCUCAAACGUCUCUUGACCUGGAUUUGGACUUGGAAUCAGAUAAGAAGAAUCACUGGUUCAACAUAUGGAAGCACUCUUACUUGAAAACUUGUGCUACCAUAGAUCAAGAACUUGAGCACCAUCGAAAAAUCGACUCAUAUUACAGUGGAACAACAGCUCUGAGUAUUGUUAGACAGGGUGAAUUUAUUGUCAUCGCAAAUGUUGGCGAUUCUCGAGCUGUAUUGGCUGCCACUUCGGAUGAUGGAAGCUUGGAACCUGUUCAGCUCACUGUUGAUUUCAAGCCCAAUUUGCCUCAGGAGGCUGAGCGUAUAAAUCAAUGCAAAGGGCGAGUUUUUUGUCUAGACGACGAGCCAGGAGUGCAUCGUGUUUGGAUGCCAGACCAAGAAUCACCGGGUUUGGCCAUGUCUAGAGCCUUUGGAGAUUACUGUGUGAAAGAUUUUGGACUCAUUUCUGUCCCUGAAGUCACACAGAGAAAUUUAAGUAGUAGAGAUCAGUUUGUGGUGUUGGCAACUGAUGGGGUUUGGGAUGUUGUUUCAAAUAAAGAAGCUGUGGAGAUUGUAUCUUCAGCAACGGACAGAUCAAAAGCAGCUAAGCGGCUAGUUGAGUGUGCGGUCCGGGCUUGGAAACGCAAAAGGAAAGACUAUGCCAUGGAUGACAUCUCAGCUAUAUGUCUCUUCUUCCACUCUCUCCCUUUGUCUCAGCAAAUUCACCCUAUUGGCACCCCUAAAUAGGAGAAAGGACAAGAAAAACUAAGGAAAGAAAAGGAAAGGAAAAACGGACGUUCAUUGUUUAUCAUGUUAAAAAUGUAUCCUUGAUUUGAUUUAAUCAAGAAAUUGUCCAUCUUUGUUCUGAUGGUAAUCAAGUUCUUCUUGGGUGGUUACUAGACUGUAAAAUGUAUCCGCACCAACUGAAACUUCAAGUACAUAUUAGCAGAAUGCUGCCAAAAGCGUUUUCUUGCUCUCUUAAACAA